AUGAGAAUAAUAUUUUUGAUGUUAUUUAUUUCCGUUAAUUGUUAUCCUUAUGUUUAUGAAAAGCCGGUAAAUAGAAUUAUAGAUGUAACAAAUCGGUUGACAAAUAAAAUUUUAUAUCUUAAGUGUAGCGGUUAUGGAAAUGCGAACUUAGUUUUCUCACCUUCCGGUUUAAUCAAUGUCUUGGUAGCAUUAUACGAAGGAAGUGAUGGUAAAAGUGCCAAUGAAAUUCAAAGUUGCAUAGGAUUACCAUGGCAAAAAGAGUUGUUAAGGUCUGGGUACAGAGAUAUCCAUAGAAAAUUAAGGACUUAUUUUCUUCCACGUGGAAACUUUAGAUCAAUUUUAUCUCUCAACAAUCACAAUGUUACUUUUACCGAGUCAUACCGCGAAAUUAUGCGUUAUUAUGGUUAUUAUUUUGAUAUUAUUGAAAAUAACACUAGCAUUGUCGAGACGGUAACUAAAAUCUCAGAAGCUACUACUAGUUUGAAAAGCACGCAAUCAGAAUCAACAGAAUCAAUAGAAACAACUACAAAUACUUCUCCCCGAAUACCUGUCUAUACAGAAUCGGUUACAGUUAGUACUACAAAAAUUACAGAAUCGAUAAAUCCAGAUCCAACAACAAUAAUAUACGAUGUAACAGAACCAGAAAUAAUUGGCGGUCACAGUGAAAGUACAACACAAUUUUUAGUUACAACUACCCCACAAAUUUUAACAACAACUCAGAAUACAAAUUUAGAUACUAAGGAAGAUUCAUCUGAACUAAUUACAUCAACUACAGUCGAUGUUGAAGGAAACGGUGAGGUCUAUAUGACGACUGAAGAUAUAUCCACAAAUACAAUAGAUCUGGAAGAAUCACCAGAAAUAGAUGUGCCAAAUACUGUAUUACCCGAUUUAACAACUUUUAUGAUAGCAGAGACAACAGAAGAACCAGAUGAAAUUUCAACCACUACAUUAACUUCUAUAAAUAAUGAAGAUUUAGAGAUAAGCACUACAGAAACCACUGAUACAGAAACAGAGAUAAGCACUACAGAAACAAGCGACUUAAAUGAUAUUUCGACAACAUUUGCAACAGAAAGCGAACCUGAGGUAACAUUAGACACCGCAGGUGAAUCGGAGGAUUUAUCAGAGAAGAGUAUUUUAAGUAUUGGCUUGAGCGAUGCAACCACACGUACCGGGAGAGAACAAAGGCGACCCGAAUUGGUGAUGGCGUUUUAUACCCAGCGUGGAUCUUUUCAUUUAUAUACAUCUUAUAUUGUUAAAACUGGUUUACUAUACAGAGCGGAAAUUCGUUCUAUAGGAGCAUCAGUUUUGAGACUACCUAUGGCUUAUUCCAAUGGUCUUUAUCAUGCGCUAAUAGUACUUCCUUGGCAAUAUUCGAGUGGAACCGAAUACGUUAUUAGAGAAAUUUGUCGGCAAAAUAUUGCUUUACGCGAAUUAGAAAAUUCACUUAGACCUGUUAGAGGUCGUGCAAUGGUACCUAAGUUUCGAUUAAAGGGGAUCGUAGAUGUAACAGAGGAUUUAAAGAAGAUUGGUAUAAGAGAGAUAUUUGAACCGGGUUUGGCUGAUUUCCGUCCAAUGACUAGGGAAAAGGGCGUUUUUGCUAGGAGUUUGGAGCAGGCUAUAGAUAUCGCUGUUACAGAUGAGUUCGAACCAUCGAAAUCCCUGAAAAGCUUCGAGACAGAGAAGUCUUCUAGAAUGUAUGUGGAACCGUAUGGAAAUCUCGGGAAUGACUGGUACACAACUGAAGACUUUAUUGCUAAUAGACCAUUUUUAUUUUAUAUUAUGGAUUCAGAGUUACAUAUUUGUCUUGUAGCUGGUAAAGUAGUAGAUCCAACUAAUAUUCAGAUUUAUUAA